CGAAACACCCGGCACUGGAUCUCGAUAACGGAAGCACAAAGCGGCUUAAAACUAAACUUAACAGGGGCUCGACACACUUGUUGCGUGUGAAAAGAACACUUUAGAUUGGGUUAGGUUAGACUGUUUUAUUGUUUUAACAGUGUUGGUGAUUUGUCAAACAAGCACUGGUCUGUCGUACAGGAAAGAAAAUCCAUGCCGGGAUUUUGAAUACCUGAACACAAGCCAGUCUGGGCUCUGAAAAGGGACGUUUUCAAGUUACAGCCGGUCAGAGCAAGCCUUGUGGAAAGGGGGUGUGUUGAAAUUUGGCAAAGCUUCCUGUUCGUCCUUUGAAUAGUGCUGCUGAAUCUCCAUCAGGAGUUCUUCAAAGCUGUAGAGAACAUACAAGGUGCUAGUAACAGAAAAUGGUAUCAAAGACCAGACUUGGGAAGCGGUCUCCAUUGGGCGCCCUGGUGUGUGGUUCCUCAGCGGAGGGCCUGACAGAAAUGGGAUCCCAUGGAUCCCCGGACAGUGGGCUUCACAGAAGCAAGCUUUACCCAGGACAGAAGGUGUAUGUGCACUGCGGAGGCCAGGAAUGCAGAGGUGUGGUGGAACAACAUAACCACGUGGACAAUGAGGUGUCCAUCUUUCUGCCCCAACUCAACCAACAUGUUCACCGCAAGCUGGAAGACGUAUGGACAAGCCCCACAUCCAGUUCUACCUCUUCAGUCUCCUCAUCCAUUGAUGUGCCAAAAAGGAGUCCAGAGUCAGUGGACAUGGAUGAGAUGAUGGCUGCAAUGGUGCUUACCAGUUUGUCCUGCAGUCCGGUGAUCCAAAACUCUGCUCAGGGGAGCAUGGCAACAGCUUUGUGUGGAAUGGAGAAUGGUGGUGGUGAACUGUCCGAUGCUGGAUACUGGAGUUGUGACCACGGAAAUGGAAGUCCUGCCCCAUCCCCACCCAUCGCAGAGGUGGACAAGAGCGCUCCUCUCGCUGACGAAGGCCUGGACGUGGAGCUGGAUCAAAUGUUGUUUAACGAGCCAACGCCAAGGAAACGCAAGAACUCCUUAAAAGUAGCAUAUCGGUGCUUGUGGCCAAACUGUGGGAAAAUACUGACAACAGUAGUGGGCAUCAAACGUCACAUCCGAAAUUCUCACCUUGGACAAAGUGAUGAGCAUUCCCAAAGGGAAGAAGACUUUUAUUACACAGAGGUCUAUCAGGACAUGGAGCAGACAGCUCCCUCUGGUGGCCACCGGCCCUCCUGUGCCUCUCCAUCCAGUCCCAGCCGGCACAUGCCCCCUUCUCCCUCCACCCUGGAGAUGCCCCAGCCCAGCCCACUCAGCCAGUCUGCCCCGAGUAGUUUUUGGCAGGUCCACUCCGAGCACUCUUACCAGGCCCCUCCACCAGUUCAGGUGGUGACUCAGUGUAAACCAGUGACCGUUCCUGUCUCCUGUCAUUGGACUCCAUCUCUCACGGUUCACCAAAACAGACAAGGCUCACCAUUCCGCCGUCGUUCGGUUAGUGUAGGAGAACAAUGGCUCCAGAAUAACAGCGCCACCUUCAGGCCACAUCCUGCCAGUGUUUCGCCUCCAAGAAACCACUGCACUUCCAGGAGGAUUCGUGGAGAGGCCAAAAAAUGCAGGAAGGUGUACGGCAUUGAACACAGAGACCAGUGGUGCACUGCCUGCCGCUGGAAAAAGGCCUGCCAGAGAUUUCUUGACUGAAUCCUUCUUGAGAAAAUAAUAAACAGAACACUAACCUUACAAAGACCUUCAAGAGGGGAUCUUACCAGGAACUAUGGUUGAAAGAAACCAAAAGAGCGCCUUUGUGACUUAAAUAAAAAUGUUUUUCUACCUUUUUAUAGCGAUACAUGUUUUGUGUUUUACGAAAUGUGCUAAGACACCUUAUUGGUGCUUGAAGAAUAAUAAAGCAAAAAGGACAGCCUCUGCCACACAACUCUGCAGUCUUCCUGCGUCUUACAUCUUAUCGUGAACUAAUGAAGUGUGACCUGAUUUUUACAAGCAUUGAGCAGCCAUAUACAACAGCAGCAGCCGUAUAUUUCAUGUUUAAUCUUUAUAAACCACCAUCCCCAAAAGACUGGACUACAACCUCCUCAUGCUGGUCAUCAGACACGGAUGGAAAGUUUGCUUAUCAUUCCAUUAAACCUAUAGUUGCUGAGAUGAGACUGAAGGGAGGUGUUUUUUUUACCGCAGUCCAAUGUGUUCAGGGGCAAAAAUGGCAGCAAAAUAAAUCUUUCAAUAGCUUAUAAUUUUUUAUGUUUGUGUAUGCCAUGUUUACCUGCUGUCAAGCAUUUUUGUCCUUCUAUUUCUAUAGCAAAGUUUUGUAAAAUAAACUUUAGGAAAAGGAAGAAAAAGGAUGUUGUAUUACGAUUUUGAUAUCUGUGAUGUGUUAAAUUAUAUGUCAGUGUCAUUAUCAGUGUAUGUCACAGGUUAUACUUUUGUGGAAUAAGAUGAUUAGCUUUUUUCUGUUACGUCAAUAUUACCAUGGAAGUACCUGUAUUUAAAUGCAUGAUCUGAUACAAUUUAUCGGUUUCUUUGGUGCUUCUCGCCCCAUUCUGCCCACUUGCUGUUCGUCUACUUGGAUUGUAUUCUUGCCAAAGAAAAUCUCAGCAAGAUGAAGUCAUAAUUCUCUGCAAAAUAAUGUGAAAGCAUACAUAAAACUGUUGACCAUUGAUAAGAAAAUUGUAACCAACUGUUUGAUUGGUUUGUACUCUUAAUACUGGGUCCAAAUAUGUUGUUUUCUUAUUUUGUAUAAAACUUCUAUUGUGUCAGCUUUUUGUUAUGUGUAGCACAGCAACUCUAUAAUCUUACACAAAACUUGAUGCUUUGACAUCAUUAAACAGAAUGUACCUUUUUUCAUUUCCAACAGUCAGUAUAAUAGCUCGACAUAAUACAAAUGAAAGGACAUGCUAAUUAGUCUGUAAAGACUGCAAGAUAUUCAGUGUAGCUCAACGAGAACAAUUCUUUUGUACAUUUUUGUAAAGUAUUUCUAAAAGUAUUUCCUUUUUUGAAAAGUCCUGAACUGUCUGAGAUCUGUUCAAAAUUGAGAAAAAUAAUAAUUUUGUGUAACUAAACUUGUCAUAUGCCUUUUUUAAAUAAACUUUUUGUCCAAACAAAUAUGACCAAGUGCAAAAAUGUGUUGUAGU